AUGAAGAUAUUUUUAGACUUACCCAACGAAGUUAUAGCAUUGGUCAUUAAGUACAUUGAUGAUAAGUCAAAAAUUUUAGAAUUAGUUGCAAUCCCUCCUUUACAAGAAAUAGCUUUGAAAGAAAGAUUUUCAACAUAUCAUAUUACUUCAUAUUGUGAUGGAGAUGGAGAUGGAUGUAUUGAAGCAUUAAAGUUACUUUAUCAUGAAUUUAAAUUCAAACCUUCCAAAAUUAUUGGGGAAAUUUUUGUUAUUAAUAAAUUACUUAAUUUUGAAAAUUCAGGGUCAGAAACUUUGAUUCCAAAUUGUCAUAGAGAUAUUUCAGAUGUUGUUGAUUAUACCAUGAGUAAAUUUGUAGUUUUAUUCACUCCAUUUAGUACAUUCACUGACUUGAAAAAAAUCAUGGAUUAUGUAAGUGUUGUUGGAAUUAGUAUGUUUAGUGGUUCUUGGGAUUAUCCUUCUGAUAAAGGUGAAGAAGCCCAUUCAUAUUUAAAAGUCAUUAAAUCAACUAAUUUGGAAUUGUUAAGUACUACUUAUGAAAAAUCAUUUAAGGUUGAAUUUCCUACAUCUUUGAAGCACUUGAAUUUACAUUUUAAACAAAGUGAAGCAAUAAAAUUAGAUUUAAGAACAUUGGUAAAUCUUGAACAAUUCCAAUGUAAAAACCUUUUUGGUUUGAAAUCAUUAAAGGAUCUCAACAUUUCCAAUUCAAUUAAAGCAUUAAAAAUUAAUUCAUGUGGUUUUGAAAAAUUAGAAGAUUUGAGAAGUUUGAGUAAAUUAAAAACUCUAAUGAUUUUUGGAUGUAAAAAGUUGAUUGAUUUUACUAAGUGUCCGUUUCCAGAUUCAUUAAGUUUUAUUAAUUACCAUCAUUGUGUUUCCGCUUCAAAAAUUGCUGAGUUAUACGAAAGUGCUAAUAAUGGUAUGGACCAACAAUUUGAUUUAUUUGAUUUUUCAUUUGAUAGAACUUCAUUUUACAUUGGUUCUAAUAUGAAUUUUCCAACGAAUCUAAAAACUUUAUAUAUUUCCGAUCUUACAAGGACUUUGAAAUUAGGUUUUAAUUUAAAUCUUAAAAAUGUUGGUAUUUUGAAAUUAAAAAACUUUUCUCAAAUGAAUUUAUCUGGACUUUUAGCUUCUUUACCAAAGGUAAUGUCAGGUUUAUCAAUUUGUGGAUCAGUAAUUUCAUCUUCUGAAGGUAUAGCUAUGUUUCCAGAGUUGGAUACACUACAAUUUGAAAAGAAUACAUUUCAAAAUGUAUUUAGAACAAAUAUACAUGAAUUAAAAGACUUGUCAAUUUUAAAACUUAAACAUAAUAUUUCAGUUCGAUCAGAAGAAGAUAUCAGGACUGAUCCUUUUCAAUUGUUACUGGUUGUUGGUGUCACUUCAAACAUAAUUGAAACUUCGGCAAACGUUGAACCUGAAUUUAAUAAAAAGUCAGGUAUUGUAAACGUGAAAAUGCAAAAAAUAAUGGAUUUAACCUUAACUCAAGCUACUCAAAUAGAGGGGGUUGAUCCUGAUACUAUUAAGUUUCUUUUCAUCAUUUCACUUUUCAUUAAAAUGAAAUUUACUUACUCCUUUGUUUCAUUGAAUUUACAUCAUUACAUUUACGUCUACCUGAAACGAUUGAUUCAUAAAAUCUCGCUUCUAAUAUCCAAAUUUACUAGUGGUGAUACAAAUUUUUUUCUCUAUGUUUUAAAAAGUUAA